ACGAUGAUGACGAUAAUAAUAUAGUUAUUGUUAGCUUGCUAGCUCGCGAGAUGGCGACAUGACAGAGUAAUAACGACGUCUUAUUACACGUCUAUCCAAAGGUUAUUACCAGCGUUCAUCUGACUUUGGCGAUGGAGAACGGAAACAGGCCGGAUGCUACAUCCACAUCCAAGAACCACACGGCCACUCUCCACCCACAGAUUCUUUUUCCCUUGUUCAGUUCCCAAAAAUGAAGACAGUUACGAAGUAGCCAUACCGCUGGAGGAAAACAACUUUGAACAGCAAGGAUUUUUCAACCAAAGUGACCAAAAUUUUGAAGAGUCGCCAUCUGCUGGCCCUUCUCACGUCAGCAGCUCCUACAUGGUGAUCACCAACCUGCGGACACAGCUCCAGAUUUCUCUGGAGAAAAACUCCUGGCUUCAGAAAAGAAUUGAGGACCUGGAAGAGGAGAGAGAUUUCCUGCGGUGUCAGCUUGACUGCUUCAUCUCAUCCACAAAGAGCCAGCGACAAGAUCAGGGCCAGUACAGCAAUGGUUACGAGUCAAGACGAUUCUCUUGGAGAGGAAGAAGAGAGGAUGAGCGUCCUCCUGAUCAACAGAGGACGGACUCACCCCACUUACCCUCUCGUCAGUUUCUCCAACGAAGGCCUGCUGCUCCAACUGCGGCUCCCUCCAAAAACCACGUCUCCAGUCCAAUCAGCAACCAGAUGGCUUCCAUGAAUGCGCUACUCACCUCAGCACAAUCCAUGGCCCUCCUGCAAGGUCUCGCUUCUCCUGGGAAUUCAGCCGCUGGCUGCAGCGCCAACAGUGCCCCGAGACCACUGAUGAAUGACUUGAAUGGCCAUCGAAAUUUAGCUCCAGGUAAUUCACUCCCGCUGCUGGGAGAGUCAGACGAGUACUUGGAGCAUGAUGGCUACCUAGAAGAGGAGGAAAUGGUAUCAGCGGAGGGUGCCAUGCAAGAUCCCAUUAACAGGAACAAACAACAAGUCAAGAGAAGGCGGAUCCGAGGCCUUCGAGAGAGGCAAAGAGUAAAAGACGCUGCCGGAGUGCUUUUCCGGUACAAAAAGAUCCUCAUCACAUACCAACGUCUGAAAAACAUGUCCAAGGCAUUUCAAAUCCACGGGGUGGACCGCAACACGGUGGCUUCCACCACGCCCAUCGCUGAGCUCCUCCUGGUGGCUCCUGAGAAGGUAGCAGUCGUGGGUGAGUUUGACCCGUCCAAAGAAAAGCUUCUGGACUACGCUCGCCGCUGCUACACGGCCCUGGACGAGGAGACGCUGAGUAGGGUUCAAGCUCUGAAGAAGAACAACCUGCUCCUGCCUAUUGCCUACAGGUUCAGACACUGACACAACAACCAUGUCAUGACGAGUGGACUAGAUGGAAGGAGGUCCAACGCCAUUGGGAAGUAUUUUGUUCUCUUAGGCCUGAUUUACUAAGGCCCUUCACAGCGAGCAGCUCGGUGGAACGCGAUUGAACUGAGUGGAAAACACUCCUUUUAAAUUGGGUGAUCUUCACCACUUUUACGCGUGCUGCCGAUCGCGCCUCAAAUCUGGUGAAUUUAGCCCCCCGCUCUUCUGGGAUCUUCAUAAAUCUGGCCCUUGGUUUGGCAAAACCUUUUUGUCCUUCAGACAAACUUGUUCGUUACUAGGAUUUUUGUAUCUGUGCAAUAAAAUAUGACUAUUAGUGUCAGCAUUUGUCUUUUAAUUAAAAAUCACGUUCGUUCCAUUCACCUCAUAUGUAAUGUAUUUGCAGUGUUAUUGUAAUAUUUGGAUGAAAUCCGUGAAAAUGUCAUUUUUUAAAAUUUGCACUGAUAUUUUUGUACAGACACUUGAUAAAUUUCCAGAUCAAAAAGGCUUUAUUUAUCAUUAGUGUUUUGUGUCUUUUUGAUAUUGUUGUUUUUUUUUUUUUUUGUCAUGCAUCUUCAGUUAUUCUAACCUGCCUUAAACAAAGUUUUGUCUCUUUGAUUUUUGACCAUUUCUUAUGCAUUAAAAUAUUGUAUCUCUUCACAUGAAUAAUUUGUACUGGACAAUAUUCCUGUAUUAGCAUAUCCUAACAUCAGAUCAUCAAUGCAAUAAGAAUAUUUUUGAAGAGCAAUUCUCCUGAAAAAGACAAA